AUGCUUCAGCUUAGUGUUGUUAGUCUGCAACAGGAAGAGCUGUUACUGGCAGGAUCUCCAGAUAACAGUGGGAAGAAACUCUGGCGGCCUUCCUGGAAAGGGGUCAUUAUGACCCUCCUUGUGGGAUCCAAUAUCAUCCUCAUCCGUAUUAUUGAAUCUCUGGUUUAUAAAGGUCGGUCUUUGGAAAAUGAGAUCAGCCUGUUAAGGAUGAACAUCACCCAGUCAUCUGCAGAUCAGCUCAGGAGGAUGAUGGAAAUAAGGAAGCAGCUCUGUCUGAACACUGGUGAGAAACCUGACGGAUGUACACUUUGUCCUGAUGGUUGGUUGCGGCACAGAGAGAACUGUUAUUACUUUUCAUCUGUCAGAGAAUACAGAACAUGGGAUGAGAGUCGGGAAGUGUGUGAAGAGAUGGGAGCUCAUCUACUGGUCAUAGAGGACCGGGAACAACAGGAGUUUAUAAACAGAUCCAUCAACCAACAAACAGAUAUAAAGUUCUGGAUGGGUCUGUACAGAGAUGGAGAUGGAUGGAGAUGGGUGGACGGUGGGCACUAUGAUACCAGCCUGUUACAGAUAUCAGAGGAAUACUCAGGAGACUGUGUAUGGUGGGAAGCAGAUUCUGGAUUUGAUAAGGAUGACUGUCAAUACAAACACAACUGUAUUUGUCAGAAGAGAGCCCUGAAGAUCUGA